UAGUUGUGUACAGUAGUACGAUAAGGAAGAUUAUUAGUGAGGCAGUCUAUUAACUCUUACUAUUCCUUAUCUAUCUUAAGCCCUUCUUUCUACCACAUCUGGACCUAGAAUCCAAAUUUUCUUUGAGACAAGCCUUCUUCCGUAGAUGGACACAAAACGAUUUCCUUUACUUAUUAAGAUUAUGAUUGAACUGUCACUUAAGGUACUUGUCCACCAGACACAUCCUUCCCGUCCCUCUCGGGGUGCUUCUUCUAUCCCCCUUUUCUGGCGUCCCCUCGGACCAAGAGACGUGACCGGAUGGUAUGGGCCUUGCUUGAGUCCUUCCACUCGCCCUCACUGGCCUUACGAACCUCCCCGUAUGGCUGUGCUUUCGUCUUCUCCCUCUGGUAACGGAGUGGUUUUACAACUUGAAACAGUACCCUCUGAGACAAAUCAGUCAGGUGGGGUAGUAGGCUAGGCCUACGAACGAGGCCGGUAAGUGGGCAAAGAUGCUUGCUUUGGGAAUGAGAAAGAAAAAUGCAGCAUGAUAUGAUGUUAUACGUGCGUACGUACCAUUCCUUAUCUAUGGUCAACAACUCUACUAAAUGAGUACGAGUACUUUGUUGAAUCAGAAGAACUGAACUAGCACAAAAGUCUUCCAACUCCCUAGUCCUUACCCCUCUCUAUUACUAUGUUCGAGUACUCAGUGCAUAUUAUUCGAACUCAGCCCACGAAUUAGGGGUCCUCCCUUCCGCUCGGGAUCACUUCAGUCUCGUUCCCUAUUAGAUCAAAUCCCCUUAAAAGGCAUCGAACUGAACUUGUAGAGUGAGACCCGUGCUCGAUAUGGUUCAUUUCAGUGCUUUUUCUCUCGGUAUGCUUCACCACAUCCCUGUACUCACCUUGGUACGGUUCUUCGCUCGGCGCUUAGCUCAUUUUUUGACCCCGGAUAUCAAACCUUAGGGCAUUACUCAGAGAAAGACAAAACCAAACUAAACAAACAAGCUCGGCUGGCUCAUCAAUGGUUCGUAGGAGGAGUAGAGUGAUUAGCGGGAAUUGGAGAUGACUCGUUCGCUAAAGUCCUAUCUGCCUGCCUGUUGAUUCAGUACAUUCCUAUCCCCUUAGGAAGUUUGAUCCAUCUUCCUCACCUCUAAUGGUUGGUAUUGAGCAGCCAGGUGGGGGUUAGAAUGGGAUCUAUUCAUUGAUUGACUUUGACUAUUCGACAAGCCUAGCCUAUCAUGUUGGCACCAAAUGAGGCUUAUAGGUUGAUUCUCGCAAUCCACAUAUACAAAAGAGAUAAGGGCGGGAGACUUUUUUCCUCUUGUCUUAA